CACCAUUUCGUCCAUCGUCCGUCGUCCGUUGUUGUCCUCGCAGCGUCAAAGAAUAAAAGGCACUAGUCACGGGAACCAAGUGUCGAGGAUAAUGGGUGAUCCUGAAGCUCAGUCGAAACGGAUAUUCCAGUCUCUGAAGGCAGUGUGUGUCCCAUUGCUCGGGUCAGCUGCAUUGACCCCUACGUCUAUCCCAACGGCUUCGAAACUCUUGGAUGACCUGAUCCGCGCAUUGCGAACCAUCAAAUCCUCUGAGUUUGUCCUUUCGGAAUCACUGAUCUCCUACGCAUUCUUCCCCGUCUCAACAAUCCUCCAACGUAAUUCAUCUACCGUUAUUCCAGACCAGAUUCUGGAGAAGAUAUUCGUGGUGUUAGAAAUCCUCUGCGAUGAUUGGUGGUGGUCCUGCGAGGUAUCCAUUUGGCAGCAGAUCUUCAUGUUGUCGGGAGCAGUAUUAGGAGGAAUGGAAGGGAACGGGAAAGCAAAAGAACGAGACGACGAGACGAAGGAGGCCGCGGCGAGAUGUCUCUUCACCCUUCUGAGAGUUCGGGAUGAAGACGACGAGCAGAUCCACUCCAAUUUCGCUGAUCCACGACUUACUGUUUUCAAAAAGCAUGCUCGCACGGAAAUUUUCGUCCCAAUUCUAGGGCAAACGUUGAACUCACUUCUCAUAAACACAGAUUCACGAACGCUCUCCCUACAAAAGACUUGUUUGGACGUGAUAAACCUUCUCCUCUCGGCAUAUUUUCCCGACAGUCUGUUUCCCUCGGUGCUCCCAGGAGUUGUUAGUACUGCCACUAAAUUGGCGUUAGGCACGACGCAUAAAAGUUGGGCCAAUGGAGAACUCGUUUCGAGAGCUCUUGUGGUCCUUUCGGAGAUCGUGGUACGCUCCAUUGCAGAUGAUAUCUGUGUACAGGAAGGGGCAGUCACGUCGGUCGAGGACUUAGAGGAUGUGAUAAAUCUGGUUCGUGAUCCUGGGGUAAAAAGCGAACCGACGCCGGUGCCAAAUAUAAAAUAUGCAACUCCACGCACUCCUUCGUGGCUUCGUGGAACAUCAUCCCAGUUACACAUCGCCCUCAAUACACUCACCCCACUUAUUAAGCAUCCGACUCCGUCUGCUCUCAUUGCCUUGUCUAGACUAUCAUCUACAAUACUUUUAGCCACGUCGAGAACCCUACCUCGGACACAACCGCUCUUGUUAUCAUUUUUGCUCUCUCUUUCCAUUUCCGACUUCCCCUCGGUCUCAAAGGAAGCUCAUACUACUUUGUUGGGCCUUCUUUCUCCGUGGUCUAAGCCUCGCCAUGCGUUCAUGCAGACCUUAAUGUUACUCACGCGAGAUAAUCUAACUGCUCUCCCCAGACUGCUUACGCUUAUGGCAGACGCGAAGGUCGAGCAUGUUGCAGGCCUCAUCCAGGCAGUCUGCCGUCUGUCGUCAGGCCAGGAAGGCCAAACACCGCCGCAGAGUCCAAUAUCUACCGAACUGGGCCGACUCCUGGGGCCUACGGGUAGUGUGGAAAAAUGGGGCUGGAAUUUUCUGUCUGUUCUAGAGUUCGUCGACCCCCCAGUCACUAUUACGAAACCUUCGAGUGGUCUAUUGAUGCUUGAGCACGAUUCGGAGCAAAGCCAAUGGGUAGCGUUUCCAGACGUGAUCUUCAGGAAUGUGUCGUUGAAAAGCACCUAUGAUGCUUUAGUGAAAAUGUUUCAUGCUCUUGGACAGGCAGCUGGUGAUGACUGUUUGUUUACCGUUGAAUGGUUCGUCAGUAUAGGACAGAGCGGAACAGAUAGCAGGUCCGUCGCAGCCUUGUGGUGCGCCUGUCGGCUGCUUGAAGGAGCGGCAAGAAUUUCGCUGUUUUCAUCUUCUUUGGACUCGCCGAAAUAUUCAACGAGCCAGAGACUGGAAAACUUGGCUAGAGCGCUUGCGAGGAGCACAAGUCAGAUAUGGGACCGGCCAGAUGUCGAUGCCAUUGAAGAAGACCCUAGCUUGUGUGACGAAGAGGAUGUCAGCGAUGAAGUUCAACACCGUCAAGGUGUCAUUCCGGUGGACGAGACUCUGCAUAUUUUGCAGUCGUAUUCCCCGGCUACAAAGCCAAGGGUUGUUUCGCAGCCGAUGCUUCAAAAGGCGAUGCUCCUUCAGCUUUUAUCUAUUACCUCGGGCAUCCUCCAGGCUCGGUUUGCUACUCUGUUCAUACAGACUUUGUAUCCCGUUCUCCAUUCUUUGGUAUCGCCCAAUUCUCAUCUAUCAAGUACCGCUCUGGCGACUUUAAACUUCAUAACAACCAGCACCUCCUACGCCUCCCCUGCAAACUUACUACUUUCAAAUUUUGACUACAUCUUGGACUCGGUCUCUCGUCGGCUAACACGCCGUUGGCUCGAUGUGGAGGCUACAAAGGUGCUCGUUGUUAUGAUACAACUGGUGGGUGAUGAUGUUGUCGGAAAGGCGGGAGACGUGGUUGAAGAGUGUUUUGAUCGCCUUGACGAAUAUCAUGGAUAUGAAGUACUUGUGGAAGGUCUGAUUGAGGUUUUGUCAGAAGUGAUGAAGGUUAUAGAGAUCGAAGAAGUUGACGCUGAGGAGGAUAAACAGGGCAAGCGUCCACCGGGCCUUCGCGAUGACUGUCAACCGUUCAACGACUUUUUUGACUGGUUUGAAUAUCGAAACGAUCCACUAGUGAAGGAAGAAGACGUCGAUUAUAGCCCAGCACCUCGAGAGGCAUGGGGCGAUAAGAGGAGAAAGGGCGCAGAAGAUCAGGAACGGACUGAAGACGUACCCGUGGCAGCUGCAGAUUCGACAGAGGAACUACCCCUCACACCCACACAAGCAUUGACGAAGCAAAUCGUCUCUCGAUCGCUGUACUUUUUGACCCACCAAUCGCCCAUUAUACGGGCCCGCAUCCUAACACUCUUAGCAUCAUCGGUACCCGUCUUAACCGAAUCUACCCUAUUACCAUCGAUACACUCUGCCUGGCCUUUCAUAUUAAACCGGCUCGAGGAUCCGGAAUCUUUCGUCGUCAGUGCCGCAGCCUCACUGGUAGAAGCCUUGGCUACCCACGUCGGCGCUUUUAUGUAUAGGCGCAUUUGGGAUGAUAUUUGGCCACGUUUUCGGCAGAUGUUGGAGAAGUUGGAUGUCGCGGAUGCGUCGAGUGCGUUGUCUUGGAGAAGACACGGAGCUGUGGGUGCGGAAUCGGCAUAUACGCAUUCUCAUCGCAUCUAUCGGUGCCUGUUGAAGACGAUGACCGCGUCUAUGCAUGGGGUGGAUCCCAAGGACACUUCUGUAUGGGAGGUCAUUCUGGCCUUCCGCCGAUUUUUGGAUUCACGGGCGCACGAGGAACUCCAGGGUUGCGCAAGAGAGCUGUACAUUGCCAUCGGGCACAACAAUGCGGACGCUGUUUGGCUUGUGCUGCAAUGUACCUGUGCAGGGGCAUCAUCCACAAUGAAUUUUUUGAGGAGGCCGCAGUGGAAUGUUGAAAAUAAUGUAGCCCUUGUAUUCGAAGGCCUGGAACCAGUUUAGCGUGGUAUAAGAUACAAUUUCACACUUGUUCUACGCCAUUUAUAUCAAAAGGAUGGCCAUCUUGACCUGGAAGGUGAUGU